CGUAAAACUUCAGCGAUCGUCUGCUUCACUAUUGCUCACAUUUUCUAGAAUGAAGUCAUCCAGGGUACUACACCUCUCUUCAUAUUUUGUCCUCCAUGGCAAUGCAAACUGACGCAGCUUCAACUUGGACGUCAGUUUUGUUGGAUGACAUUCAUCGAUCGACUUCUCCCUCCAAACUUGACGGCAUAGCAAAUUGAUUUUUCCUCUGGCCUUUGACGUGAAUGCAUUAUCGAAGUAUUUCAUGCAAGCGUCUGAAACCAAAAUGUGUUUUUCAUUCCUCCAGUUCGUGUAAUCAAACAAUUUAUUUUUGAAUAUUCCGAUCCGUAAUGUGACAGACUUAGUAAUUUCGAACUCGCAUUGACAUUAAAAUUUUGAUCCUCCCUCGCCGGAUUCCUGUAUCUGCGGGAAAAUGGGCAAUCCGGUUCUUUUUCUACUGCUUAUUUUGGUAGCUGCAGUUUGUGAUGGAGCGAUUCUUAAUGAGACUUGUGUGUACAACCCUUGUCAGAAUGGAGGAACAUGCAUGAAUGUUCUGAGACCUGUUGGCGGGAAAAGCUUACGAUAUAACGAUGUGUACUAUUUAUACGUCUCUGACACAAUGAUGACAUGGUCUGAAGCGAGCAACUAUUGCCAUCAUGAAGGAGGCGGUCUCGUCGGCUUUGAGGACAAGGAAGAAGAAAAAUUUGGGGAUAACUAUGCUGCAAAACAAUUCAUCGAACAAGAUACAACCUACUGGGUUAGCGCCCGUUACCACGGGACCAGCUCGCAGUGGAAAUGGUAUCCAUCGAACGAAACUUUUGACAUCAUCCUAGAUAAUAGUACAGAUGGUGAUUGCAUGACCUAUACCAAACGCAUUUUCAUCAGUGUACCAGAAAGAGAAUCGUGUAAUGCUACACAUAGCUUCGUAUGUGAGGAUUACAAUGCCUUGAUAUCCCAAUGCCGGUGUCCACCGGGGUACUCUGGCCCUUUCUGCGAGAACCAAGACGAACCCGGAACACCCAGCAGCAAAUCAUUGAAAAUUUGCGAGGGAGAAAGCGAUCUGUUGACCUGUGCACUGGAACAGAAGGUGAUGCGCAUAGAGUACGCCGCCUACGGUGUAUAUGACAACACAACGUGCAAUGACGGCCAUACCUUCCUCUCACCUGGUCAGAAGUGCGUAGCAGAGAAUUCUGUGCAGAAAACAGUCGAUGUUUGCCAGGGACAAUCCUUCUGUGAUAUUUCAGUAGGUAAUGAGUUCUUCCAGAACAACCCAUGCAUCCCGAGGAAACAUUUGGACUUACGUUACCAAUGUGUUGCAAAUGACCCGGCCGUUUACGAUGCCCCCUACCCUCCUGCCCGACUUGAACCUCCAACCAUGUAUUGCAAGAUGAGGGUUUAUGGGAACACAACCUACGAGGUCACUGCAGAAAACACCACAGUCUACAAACCAUGCCCUGAAGGGUAUAGAGGACAAGUGAGCUUCUUGUGUUUAUUGGGUGGUAUGUGGCACGACCAUGGCCCCGAUGAUUCUGGAUGUACCAUGAUCAGAGCAGUCGAUAACCUGAAUGACGAGAUUAUGUCGGGGGAGAAGGAGGCGGUGGAAAUCGCGGAGACCAUCGAUGAUCUUGUUAAAGAUGGCGGGGACACGGCAACCCUGGAGGAUACCGAGGUAGUUAAACUCCUAACCGAUUUAAAUGAACUGCAGAAGAAACAACUCGAAGACACGAACAAGAACACGAGUGAACGUAUCAGCACUGUCUCUUCAUACGCAGAGAAAACACUGAGUAUCGCAAGCAUUCUGCUCAAUUCAGAUGAUCAGGAUACAGAUGAUACGUCUUCACAAAAAAGCAUUUCAAAGAACAUCACCGAAUUUGUUGAAGAGGUAGCCUUUAUACUCUCUGGGGAACUCGUCGAAGAUACUUCCAAAACAGUAUCCACUGAUACCAUUGAUAUGACGUGUGGGAGUCUACCGGGUGGUCGGCGGGGAGCUCUGUCCUACCCUACCGAUAGGAUCUUUGAUCGUGAGAGUAUGACGAAUGCACAAGCUAGAGCCACUCUACCGCCCUCUACGUUCGAUGAUGAUCCCAGCAAAAAGAACACAAUUGCUAUAGUUGAAUACAAGAAGAUCAAUAACAUAGGAAGUAGGACUAUUCAACCAAUAGAUAAUCCUGAUGAAUUGGUCAACCAAUCGGUAGUGAAUUCUCUUCUGCUUGGGGUCUCAGCGAUGAAAGGAGAUACUCCUGUUAAAUCAUUUCAAAACGAUCAGACAUUCAGCUACAUCAUGAAACAUACAAAUCCCAACGUAACAGGAAAGGUGUCCUGUGUAUUUGUUGACGAUACAAACAAACUAUCUACGGAAGGCUGUAGGCUUGUCAAUACCAAUCGAACGCACACUGAAUGUACUUGCAACCAUCUUACCAACUUUGCUAUCCUUCUUGAUGUCACUGGUGUCUACGAAGAUCUAUCUGUUGCCCAUACAACAGCUCUGGGGCUACUGACUAUCAUUGGCUGUUCAGUGUCUAUUGGUUGUCUUGCAAUAUGCAUCUUUGCAUUUAGCUUCUUCAAGUCACUGUGGAAUACUCGUACAACAAUCCAUCGAAAUCUUUGCAUCUCCCUACUAACUGCUCAGCUUCUAUUCUUAGUGGGUGUGGAGAGGACAGAACACGAUAUCGUUUGUACCGUGAUUGCGGCUAUACUACACUACACCUUUCUCUGUUCCUUUGCCUGGAUGGCAUUGGAAGGUAUUCAACUAUACAUCAUGCUGGUACACGUGUUUUCAACCAGUGGCAAGGUGUUACCAUACUACCUGGCCGGCUAUGGGUUGCCUGCUAUUGUUGUAGCCGUUGCUGGUGGUAUAAGUAAAGGCGAAGGUUACGGACAAGAAACAUAUUGCUGGUUGUCUACUGAUCGUGGAUUCAUAUGGAGUUUUGCUGGCCCUGUUGCCCUUAUUAUCCUGGUGAAUUUUGUGUUUUUAGUUGUAUCAAUCCGCAUUGCCUACUCAGGGAGGGCUGCAGUCAGCAAAGAUGCCACUAACUCACAGAAUAUCAAGGUUUGGAUCAAAGGUGCAGUGACCUUGACCUUUCUCCUGGGUAGUACCUGGGGUGUAGGAUUCUUCUUUCUAAGCGGAUCAUCCCUACCCCUGGCGUAUGCAUUCACCAUUCUCAACUCUCUGCAGGGAAUGUUUAUAUUCAUAUACCACUGUCUUGGUAAUGAACGAAUCAAGAAAGAGAUGGCCAAGUUUCUCCUUCGUCAGCCAUGUCUGCCGGCAUGUCUCCGGGUGAGACUCGAGGCUGUGGCCCGUGUUGGCAGCAGUGUUUACAGCACAACUCAAAGUUCCACUGCGCCACCCGUUAACAAGAAGCCAGACACUGUUGCUCUGACGGAGAAGAAGAAAGAUGUGAUCCACCCCGUGGUCUAUGUACAGGAUAUUGAUGAGGACGAUGGGAAACCGAGAUCAUGGCUCUAUAACCGCGCUGGAGCUGAUGAUACCAAAGUGAUUCCUUCCGACCAUCCGGAACCGGAUUACUACUGAACGACUUAAAGCCCGGUUGCCCCGAAUGAGAUCCUGGCUAUUAUUUGAUAUCAUGGCUCCGUAACACAAAGAUUAGCGACCAAUUACUAAAUGAACUGACCAAUCAACAUCAAUGUUACACGCGCAUUAUUUUUAACAUAUGGAUCAGGGACCAAUCAGUGCGGUUCUUUCACAUUUGCAGUUCAUCGCAAACCGUUUUACGGAGCCUAGGUUCGGAAAUGUAUCUUCUGUAUAAAAAUUGAGGCUGGUUAAAGACCAUUAAACCAGACAAGGAAAUGAAGGACAUAAGGUUUGACCCGUU